CCCAAAACCCACCCAGGUCCGCUGUGCUCCCCCCGGAGGCGACCAUGGCGGCGGCGGCGGCGGCGGCGGGAAGUGAUGUGUUGGUGGUGCGCCUGCCUUCCCCCUCGGCGGAGGACCCCCUGCACCAUGAUAAGAAGAAAUUAUUGGAGGCUAGGAAACUAUCCUGUAUAUUUCAAGUCCCAAUCUCUUCGUCCCCUGCCGAUGCCUGCAAAUUACUUGACCAGAUGAUCCAUGCUGCUAGGGUAUCUCAUAUGGAUGAGCUGGAGCUUUAUUUUGCUGGGGAUGAUGAUUAUGGCCCAUUCUCUGCACGGAAUGAACUUGAGUCCCUGAACCUGCUUCUCAAAACCAUCAACACGUUGCUUGUAGCUGCCAAUGAUGGCGCCAAGGGAGUAUUGCAAUUACUAGUGGAUGAGAUACUUGUUAGGCUCACAUCUGUGGGAUUGACAGAUAAGCAUCAAAUGGCACUUCAAACAGAGAACCAUGAAACUGAGGAUUCUCUUCUUAAAUGGGGGGAGCAGCAUGGUGUUAAAAGUAAAUUGCAGAUAGCAUUUUUUGAAGGAGCUGGGAGAGGAAUGCUAGCAUCUGAAGAUAUAGGUGUGGGUGACAUUGCACUUGAAAUUCCAGAGUCCCUUAUCAUAUCUGAGGAACUUCUCUGUCAGUCUGAUAUGUUUAUUGCGUUGAAAGAUGUAAAUAGCAUCACCACUGAAACUAUGCUAUUGUUGUGGAGCAUGAGAGAGCGGCAUAAUCCAUCUUCAAAGUUUAAGAUGUUCUUUGAGACACUUCUGUCAAAUUUCAAUACAGGCUUGAGUUUCGGAAUUGAUGCACUUGCUGCAUUAGAAGGUACCCUACUUUUUGACGAGUUAAUGCAAGCUAGGCAGCAUUUGCGCCAGCAGUAUGAUGAGUUAUUCCCAAUGCUAUCCACCAAGUUUCCUGAGAUAUUCAAACAAGACAUACUCUCGUGGGACAAUUUUCUGUGGGCAUGUGAAUUAUGGUAUUCUAACAGUAUGAUGGUUGUUUUAAGCAGCGGGAAGUUAACAACUUGCUUGAUUCCUGUUGCUGGACUUAUGAACCACUCGGUGACUCCACACAUUCUUAACUAUGGACGAGUAGAUCAAGCUACAAAGUCUUUGAAGUUUCCUUUGUCGAGACCUUGUGAAGCAGGGGCCCAAUGUUUCCUCAGUUAUGGGAAACAUCCAGGGUCACACCUAAUUACCUUCUAUGGUUUCCUACCAAGAGAAGACAACCCUUACGAUGUUAUACCUUUGGAUCUUGAUACGUCUGUUCACGAGGAGGACGAAACCGCCCAGUCUGUGAGUACAAGUGUAACCACUCAUAUGGUUCGUGGGACAUGGUUGUGCAGAUCACAAGGACCUCCCACAUAUGGCCUGCCUCCGCCCUUGUUGUCUCAUCUCCGUGCUGCUCUAAACUGUGAGCACAGCGAAUCCAUGCCAGAGGCUGAUAUCAAGGAAAAUGACAGGAUGGUGCUGGAAACACUCGUUAGCAUAUUUACUCCGAUGCUUGAAGGGUUAGGCGAGCCAGACGACUACAACAGGGAGAGUGCGAGUUGGGACAUUAUGCUAGCUCUGGACUAUAAGGAUCUUCAGAGAAGGAUAAUUACGUCCAUCGUUACUUCUUGUGGCUCAGGAUUGGCAAUGCUUGAUCCCUAGUUGGAAGUGUUUCUUUCACUGACUAAAUAAGCGAAGGCGACACUGGAACAAGAUGUAGGUUGGGAAUUCCUUCCUUAGCUGACAGGCGGACGGCGGUGAAGCUGUUGCACAUGGGAAGUACUUAGUUGCAGGCAAUUUUGCCUGGUGGAUCAGGAUCCAAGGACUGGCACGCAAGAGGCAAGACACAUGACCACCUAACUGAAGAUGCUCCAAUUCAGCAUUAGUUUGGGCCAGCAAUCACGUGAGUGAAUUUCAGGCAUCAGUUUGUGGCUUGAAAUUCAGGCUGGCUGCUCCAGAUUGUUUAAUUCGAACUUUAUUUUGCCAGAAGAAAGCUACCUUUGCCGUGACGGAGCGAUGUCGCUGAUCUAUAAAGCUGGCUGUUGAAUUUGUUGAUCAGAAUGCUGCCUUAUUUCUGACCUGGAUAUGGGUUAUGCUAAAUUGGUACACCGAUGGCUAACUGACACUGAA